UCAGCGCUGCUAACUUAAGCUAGUUUUAUAAAAGAUGCUAAAGCCUGUUGUUUACUUCCGGGGUGAAAGUUCGAAAACGUCUGUCGGGUUUCCUCUAGUUUAUGGGGCAGUCUUUUUUUUAAAUUGCUUUGAGAGCGUGCUUGACUAUUUAACAUAAUGUCGUCCGAUAAACUAAUCGGACCUGCCUUACCACCGAGGUUCAGACAGGAGGAGAGCGAUGAAGACUCUGAUAGUGAUAACGGGUUCUCGGGCCCUGCUUUGCCUCCCGGUUACAAACGGGGGGAACCGUCGAGCUCCUCGGAUCAGAGUGAACCGGAGGUGGCGGUGAAAAGAGCGAAAACAAGGCACACAGAUGCGGACAGAUCUACAGAAAAAGUUGAGAGCACUAAAGAGGAAGAAGAUGAUGGUUUCUUUGGACCAGCCCUGCCACCAGGAUUCAAGAAACAACAGAAUUCACCAGAAAGGCCACCUGUACUGGGACCAGCUUUGCCUCCUGGAUUUCGCAGAGCAGCACAUGAAAACGACGAUGAUGAUGGUGAAGAAGGAGAGGACAUCCCAGGGCCUGCCCUACCCCCAGGCUACCAGGCCGAGCCCUCCAGCAGCGAGGGAGAGGAUGAGGACCUGAUCGGACCCAUGCCGUCCGGAGGGCCCGUCCAAGACUCUGUGGCUCUGGACUUCGAGCGCAGAGCACGAAGGAUGAAAGAGAAGCUGACAGGAGACGACACCCCUGAGGUGCUCACCAGAGAAACGUGGAUGACCGAGCUCCCACCAGAACUGCAGCACAUUGGCUUGGGGGCUCGAACUUUCAAGAAGAAGUCAGGUCCGGAAAACAAGGAUCGCUCUAUGUGGACAGAUACACCAGCAGACAGGGAGCGCAAGAUCAGGGAACGCCUUGAGGGAAAGAAGAAAGGUGAGGUGGAGAAAGAUGAUGGCCCACGACUCUCCAGAAAGGAGUUGGAAAUGGCAGAGAAAGUGUCAAAAUAUAAUGAGACGAAACGUGCCGAGUCUCUGAUGACUUUGCACACAAAGACGAUGAAGGAAAAAGCAAAAGAGAAGGCUGACAAACCAGUGGAGAGGAGACCAUUCGACCGAGAUGAAGACCUGCAAGUGAAUCGCUUUGAUGAAGCACAGAAGCAGCGGCUGCUGAAGAAAUCUCAGGAACUGAACACACGGUUCUCCCACAGCAAGGAGAAGAUGUUCCUGUAACACUUGUCAGAAUGUCAGAAAUGUGUUGCUUCCAGUUACAGUCUGGCUGGGGAUAUUUUCAUUCAGGGGUUGUACAAUAUGGACUAUGUUUGUGUGGAUAGUUGUGUUACACAAAUGGAGAUUUCUUUUCUUUUUGAUUGUCUAUAAGGUAAGGUAAACUGGACUUAAUGUCACUGGCUGGGCAAAUGUUUGAGCUUGUAUUUUUUCGGGAAGCACUCUCAAGCCUGACGACAUAGACGCAUAUAUUCAAAUAAAUUCAAUAUUUUUUCCUACAUUGGUAUGCAGUUUGUCAGGUUAUCUUUUGAAAACUGUAAAAUUAGCAGUUGAAUUUAAUUCACUAGAUUUUAAUCUUGUUGGACUGAUGUCGGUUGGCAGUCAGUUUUUGAUAAACAGGGUUACUGUUAUGCUGGAUUGUUCAGUUCUGCAUGAGAUCAUCUCCUUUUUUAAUAUAGCUCAAGUUCUGAGAAAUAUUUAACAAGCCUGUGAAAGUACAACCCUUCAUUCUUAUUCAUUAAGCUCUAAUAUUGUUUUAUAUAUGAGUGGCUUUGUAGAGCGAAACAAAACCUAAUUACCCUUCGGCCCACCAAAUCAAUUAAAAAAAGUAUCAGUAUCUCAAUGUUCAGCCGUGCUAGUGAUGUGGCCGUUUAUACAUUUGUCAUUGAUUUAUUUGUUUUUAUUCAUCAAACCUUUUACAGUUUGCUGUAAAAUGCAUUGUUAUGCUGCAUUAUCAUGUUCCUUUGCAAUCUUUCAUGUGUCUGCUUCUGACAGUGUUUUUAAAAAGUUGAUUAAACUUUGUUUUUUUUCA